AAAUGCAUGAUCGAUCAGGAAGUUCAGUCAGUUACUGCUGUUGCUCCCGAUACUAUUCCCGGUGCUGCUAAUACUGAUAAUGCUACUGAUGCUGGCGCUGAUUCUGAUGCUGAUGCUGAUGCUGAUGCUGAUGCUGAUGCUGAUGCUGAUGCUGCUGUUGCCGGCUAA